AUGAAGUUCACAGCAGUUGUCGGAUUGGUGGCCGUAGCGUGUGCGGAUCUGGUGGAGGAUUGCCGAACUGACAUUACUUCUACGCACGAUGAGUGGGUCGAGACGUGCCGGGGUUGGUGUGAUGCGUACGGACCGAAUGGCUACUUGGCUUCGAAUUGCAGUGAGGUGGCUGAUGGCGACUCUUUGAUUGCGUGCAUCAUGCAGAACCAGACAUAUUGCAUGAACGGGAAGACGCCCCUGACUCCGGAGAAGACGGACCAGAUGGUCGAAGAUUGCAAGAACGCCGUCACUUCAGAGACCGACGAUUGGAUCCCCAUCUGCCAGUCUUAUUGCGAGGACUUCCGUCCGGGUAGCACUGCGACUUGCGCCACAGUCAUUAUCGACGGGGUUAGCAUGGCCUCUUGCGUCGGGGACAAAUACAAAUAUUGCGGCGUCCGCUGUGACGCCCUGGGCAUUGACGAUUAA